AUGGGGCAGGGCGCUUCGCGCCGUGAUGGGCGGCAGCACGAAGCAGCACGCGGCGGCAGCCAUGGCGGCAUCCUAAUGGGCUGCGACGUGCUGCGCGCCGAGUCGUUCGCGCGGCUGCGAGGGAGCAAGGUGGGUGGGGGAUGGGGAAGGGUGGGUUUGUGCACUGUACGCGUUAUAAGGCGCUAUAAGGGCCUGCAGGUCGGACUGAUUGCUCCUGUUCCCCCUUACCUCCCCUUCCCUCCCCUUCUCUCCGCCACCCCCUUCCCUCCCCAUCACUUUUCUCCCCCAUCCCCUUCCUUCAGUUCACCCUUCCUUCCCCAUCUGGUCUGGCAGGUCGGACUGAUUGCCAAUGCCACCUCUGUGCCUCGAGAUCUCACCGCCUCCUUCCCUCUCCCGCCCGCCUUCUCCCUCUCUUUUUUCGCCCCCCUUCCUUUACCCUCCCCCGCAUCAUCUGCUUCUUUCAGGCAGGUCGGGCUGAUUGCCAAUGCCACAUCUGUGCCUCCAGAUUUCUCCGCUUCCCUUCCCCAUGCGCUUCCCUCCCCCAUGCGCUUCCCUCCCCCAUGCGCUUCCCUCACCCAUGCGCUGCCUUCCCCCAUGCGCUGCCUUCACCCAUCCCUUCCUUCCUCUGUCUGGCAGGUCGGACUGAUUGCAAUGCCACGUCUGUGCCUCGAGAUCUCACCGCCCUCUCUCCCCCACCUUCUCCCUGUCCCUCUUCGCUCCCCUUCCUUUACCCUCCCCCUCAUCAUCUGUGCCAGCAGAGCUGUAACAUUUCUCUUCCUCCCUUCCUCUGUCCCCCUUUCCCCUCUUCCUUCCCAGGUCGGGCUGAUUGCCAAUGCCACGUCUGUGCUUCGAGAUCUCACCCACUUGGCAGAUGCCAUGCACAGUCACACGGCUGUGCACCCGCAACCUCCUUUUCACCUGGUGGCCAUGUUUGGGCCCGAGCACGGAUUCAGAGGCACGGCGCAGGCAGGCAAGUCAGAAUCCGCCUCUAAAGACCCCAAGACCGGUCUCCCCAUAUUCGAUCUCUACGGCAAGGAUCCUCCAGCCAUAGCCAAGUGUUUUGAAGCCUCUGGCGCUGAUACCAUUGUGUUUGACAUCCAGGACGUCGGGGCUCGUUUCUACACGUUCAUAUGGACGCUCUAUGACUGCCUCGUCGCGGCUGCUCUCUCUUCCUCCGUUCGCCGCUUCGUCGUGCUCGAUAGACCCAACCCCCUGGGAGGCGUGGUGGUGGACGGGCCAGUCACAGAGCCCCAACACGCCUCCUUCGUUGGGAGAAAGGCCAUCCCACUGCGCCACGGCAUGACAGUGGGCGAGCUCGCCCUCCUCUUCUUCUCCGAGUUCCUCCCACCUGAUCCCCACCUCGCCCAGCUCAGUGGCGGCGGCAGUGUCAGCAGCAGCAGCAGCAGCAGCAGCAGCACCUCCAGUCGUCCCUUCUCUCCCUCAUUCAAGGUUGAAGUGGUGCAGAUGGAAGGCUGGUCUCGCUCCUCCUCCCCCUUCUUCCCUUUCUUCCCCUAUCCGCAACCUCUCCUCUCUCCCGCAUCACUCUCCUCUCGUUCCCCUGGCCCUGUCUCCGCCCCUCCUCCUUCCCCCUCCCUUUCCCAUUCUACCACACCGUUACCAGCUUCCAUCCGGCAGCAGAAUGUCUCUAUAGAAGCAGGACCACUAUCAUCUAUAAGCCCACCUGCUACAGUUGCAGCUUUACUCUCAUCUGCUACAGCUGCAGGUGCUACAGUGGCCACCGCGCUACAGCCGCUGCUGUGGGUCCCACCGUCGCCCAACAUGCCCACACCCAUCACUGCUCUUGUCUACGCUGGGACAUGUCUCAUGGAGGGAACCAACUUGAGUGAAGGCCGUGGCACAACCCUGCCAUUCCAGCUGAUCGGAGCGCCGUUUAUGGACCAUCGAUUUGCCCAGGCAGUGCGAGAUCAACGGUGCCCAGGGUGUGCCAUCAGGGAGGCCUACUUCUCUCCUGCUGCUGGCAAAUACUCUGGGAAGCAAGUGUGCGGCAUCGAGCGGUACGACUGUGAAUGGCCAUAUGCCAUCAGGGAGGCCGUCUUCCCUCCUGCUGCUGGCAAAUACUCUGGAAAGCAAGUGUGCGGCAUCGAGCCGUUGCUUUCUCUCAUUGUCUCCCCCAUUGCCACUCAUCCUCUUCAGAUGCGUGUCGCCAACUCUGCCUCCUUUGACCCUGAGAUCCACGUCACUGUCCCAGCCUCCUUUGAUCCUAUACAUCUCACCAACCCUGCUUCCUUCUAUCCUCUCCGUCUUGUCAUCCAUGUCACCAACCCUACUUCCUUCGAUCCUCUCCGUCUCGCUCUCAUCAUUCUCACCACCGCCCGCUCCCUGUACCCCUCCCACUUCCACUGGCACAACGACAGCCCCACCAACUCUCCCUUUCUUCCUUACCCUUUUGCUACCCUUCUCCCCACUCCCCACUUCCCCAGAUCCACGUCACCGACCCGGCCUCCUUCGAUCCUCUACGUCUCGCUCUCACCCUCCUCAUCACCGCUCACUCCCUGUACCCCUCCCACUUCCACUGGCGCAACGACAGCCCCACCAACUCUCCCAGUGGCCCCUUUUGGAUUGAUAAGCUUGCAGGGAGCGACAGUUUGA